UCUAAAACGUCCUUAUCUUUUUCCUUGAUUGGUUAAUUCAAGUCAUCGAUGACGUAAGGUGGUGCUGUGUUCUGCGCAAGCGUGGGGUGCAAGAAAUAUGGCUGCGCCCUAUGGAUGUGCUGUUUUAAUUUUCUGAGUACCCAAAGUUUUAGCAAAAUUCAGAGUCCUUCUUGGCACCUUUCCAUAAAUGAAAAACACUCAAGCGUGCCCUUACCCGUAAUCGGAUUGUGCUGCAAUAUGUCUGUAGUUUUGAAAAACACCAAAGGAUGGUUGUUGGACCAGUGCUCCUAUAUAAACAAAAGUUUUCAACAAUGCCUGUCAUUUAUCAGCCCACAACAGAAACGGAACCUAAGGUGCAGAUUUAAAAGAAAAUAUUUUGAAAUAUUAAAACCUCAUAUUUUGUCGAAGUCCCUUACGAACUCAGAUUGCCUCGCUCUCGGGGGCGCAGAAACUGUCGCACAAGAAGAAAGAAAAAUAACUGCGAAUUCGCAGAAAGUGUCCGAUGAAGAAUUGCCUUCGAUCACGACAAAGAAGCGUAAACGUAAGCACAAGGAGCUGAACCAAGGCGAGAGUGAUUUGCAGGUCUACCAUGAAAAGGUUAGGAAAGUCAUUUUAGAGGGAUCCAGAGCUUUACUCGAUGAAGGCUUCACCUGCGGUUACUUCUACAGUGACAAAGCAAACGAAGGCUCAGAAAGUGUUUCCCGUCCUAGUGCUGGCAGUCGACUUGCUGAUCUUUGUGAAAUGGCUAAAGAACUCCCAUUUGCGACUGAGAAUGAGGAAACGUCCGUGCAGACAGUCGGCGAAGGAGCGAACUCCACAGAACACCUUGAUCUCUUCACGCGGGUCACAGAAAACAACAUGGACUGCUCAAGACUGGUCACUCUGAUGGGAGAGCAAUAUCUCCUGCCUCCCCAAUGCAGUUUCCUGCUUUCUGAUAUGUCAAAAAUGCAGCCCCUUUUAAACUACCAGAAGUAUGAUGUCAUUGUUCUUGAUCCUCCAUGGGAAAACAAGUCUGUCAAAAGGAGCAACAGGUACAGCUUUCUUCCGGCUUCUCAGCUCAAGAGGAUUCCUGUCCCUGGCCUGUCGGCCCCUGGUUGUCUAGUGAUCACGUGGGUGACAAACAGACAAAAACAUUUGCGGUUCAUCAGAGAGGAGCUGUAUCCUCACUGGUCUGUUGAGGUGCUUGCAGAGUGGCUGUGGGUGAAGAUAACAAACUCUGGGGAGUACGUAUUUCCACUUGAUUCUCCACACAAGAAGCCAUAUGAAAUUUUGGUGCUGGGACGGUACAGUGGAGGCAAAGAAUCUUCAUUAAGGUCUUCAGAAAAGCAAGAAAUUCCAGUCCCAGAUCAGAAGCUGAUAGUCAGUGUGCCUUCAACUCUGCAUUCACACAAGCCUUCAUUAGCAGAUGUGCUGAAAGAGUAUGUGGAUCCUGCAGCAAAAUGCCUGGAGUUGUUUGCACGCAACCUUCAGCCUGGGUGGACAAGCUGGGGAAAUGAGGUCCUCAAGUUUCAGCAUCUGAGUUACUUUAAUGUUGAGGAGACAGACCCAGACAUCCUAACCUGAGCGUUACACUGGGCAUUUUAAGUUGAGGUUUUCCUUGUAAACCUUUGAGCCUGACUGAUAGAUACAGUAGGUCUAAUCAAAACAAUCCAGUUGUCUAGAAAUCAUUUUAUUGAAGUGUUUUAACUGGUAAUGUGUGGAAUCCUAUAGGAGCCAAAGCUAUCUAUGUUGGCUAACUUAUGAUAUAUACCUGGUUACAAACACUUCAUAAUCUGUCUUAGCAGCUUCCUUAUCACAGAGACUCCAUUUACUUAAAACAUAUUAAAAGGUUUGGAUAUCUACAGUACAAAAUGCUGUAAAACAGAAAAUGUUUCCAGCAUAGGCUAGUGUUUUUUUUAGCAUAUCCUUUAAAUGUAAUUGAUUAUACACAGGUUAAGAGAAUAAUCACCAAAUCGAUUUUAAGAGUCUUCUGUGUGCCAAUUCAGUUGAAUUAGCACAAUAAAAAUAUGGGUGGCACUGUGGUACAGUGGUUAGCUGCCUUCUAGUCCUGGGGCCCUGAAUUCAAGUUUUUAUGUUUGUAUGUCCUCCCUGUGUUCACAUGGGUUACUUCUGGGUGCUCCGGUUUCCUCCCAAAUUCCAAAGACUUUGCUUUGGACUUUUUGUAAGUUACUUGGGUUCUGGGAAACUCGGCCAAGGUGUGACUGCGUACGCAUGUCUGUGUGUGUCCGCUGACUGGUGUCCCAUGCAGGAUGAAGUGGUUAAAAAAUAGAUGGAUUAAUAAAAACAGAUAUUUUAAAACCCUGACAUGCCUGUCGCUUUAUCCACAUUUAGAGUAAUGUUUUAAGAGUUGCACGGUUGAUAAUGUCUUGGGUUCAAAGUAAUCAACUGGUAGGUGCAGAAUUGUUUCUG